AUGAACAUUAACGUGCAAACCGGUGAAGUAAGACUCAGCCAACGAACACCAACACCAAUAGAGAUGAUGGUAGUGGUUGGCCCGCGUGACUAUUACCGUUACUACCGUAACAGCCGGGUCACGCAUGUAACUAUAGUGGCGCGUAUGCCUAACGGCACGGCUCACGAAUUGUGCCGUAAUUUGCGAUUAAUGGCCAACAGAUCGGUAGUGGUCACCGCCAAUGGUAGAGUCAAACCACAAAAGUAUGGUGGUUAUCUUUUUGAAGAUGAAGAUGGUUGCCCGCGGGGUUACCGUAUACUCAAGACUCGCGCACAGAGUAUAGGCGCCCUCAGUGGCACCCGGGGCCGGACACAGUCCCUACUGUCACACGUGAGCCGUGAAGGCCGUCGUUUACGUAGUAUUGCAUUUCCGGCUGACUACUACGGCUUUCUAUACGUUAACCACGACUUUACCGCAGAACAGGUGCGAAAAUAUGGUAAAAUAUACGGCAGCUACCGGUUUACACAAAAAUGCAUCACGAUCAACGAGCCCGACCUAUUGCGGGACAUAAUGGUGCGGGACUUUCACGUGUUUCCCGACCGGCGGUACUUUCAUUUGGGCUCAUCUAAGAUCGGGAAGAGUCUGUUUUUCCUGCCCGGGAGUGACGACGACUGGAAACGCGUGCGCUCUAUACUGUCCCCCGUGUUUACAUCGGGUAAACUCCGGGCAAUGAUGCGAAACAUAUCGGGAAUAUCCGACAAGUUUGUAAAUAAUUUGUCCCGAUUUGCCGAACAAGGUGAACCGGUAGAUAUGCGUAAAUACGUGGGUGCAUUUGCAAUGGAUGUGAUCAGUGCCUGCGCUUACGGUAUAAAUGUUGAGUCAAUAGACAAUCCCAAUCAUCCCAUAGUAACGAAUGCGAUGAAAAUUCUGAACACCGACGCCGGGGUCGGCAUAAUGUUGUCGGUUAUGAUUCCCCAAUUGGGGAGACUAUUGAGAGCCGAACCCUUUGAUAUCAAAGCAGUGAAAUAUUUCGAUGACUUAACAAAUCAAAUACUCAGUGAACGCAAAGUGAUCAACAAAUACUCGGCCAGUGAUACCAAACGGCGCACAGAUUUCAUACAAUUAAUGAUAGACUCGGAAAAGUCGGACAAAGAGUCGGAGUAUUAUUCGGGUGGCAGUGAUGUAGAGACCGAUGAGACCAUUGAACAACACAUACACAAGAGACCGAUGGGCACGCUAUCGGCCGACGAACUCACUGCUCAGGGGAUACUGUUUUUCAUCGCCGGUUACGACACGACAUCCGCCGCCAUAACACACGCCAUAUACUACUUGUCCCAAAACAAGGACUGUCAGCAAAAACUAUACGAAGAAUUGCAAAGUUGUGAUGAGUUUACUUACGAAAAGUUAGCUCACUUUAAGUACUUGAACGCAGUUAUCAGCGAAACCCUACGACUCGCCCCCUCUUUAACACGUAUACAACGCGAGAGCCUAACGGACUAUAAACUCGGAAAUACCGGGAUUACAAUACCAAAGGGGACGUCCGUAGAGAUUGUGCCGUACACUCUGCACCGUCAGCCAGACCUAUGGCCCAACCCUAACGACUUUAUACCCGACCGUUUCCUGGAGCCCACACACCAUCCCUACGCUUACAUACCCUUUGGUGGCGGACCCCGAGUAUGCAUUGGACAGAGAUUUGCUAUGCAAGAGAUGCGAAUGUGCCUGGCUAAAUUGAUUAAACAGUUUGAGUUUGACCCUGUUGAUAAAACCCAAACAAAGUUGGAGUAUUUUACGGGCAGUCUUCUCAUGUCUCCCAAGGAGUUAAUGGUUAACAUCAAGUCUAGGUCUACAAUCGGGAAGAGUCUGUUGUUUCUGCCCGGGAGUGACGACGACUGGAAACGCGUGCGCUCUAUACUGUCCCCCGUGUUUACGUCGGGUAAACUCCGGGCAAUGAUGCGAAACAUAUCGGGAAUAUUCGAUAAGUUUGUCAACAAUUUGUUCCGAUUUGUUGAAAAAGGUGAGCCGGUUAAUAUGCGUAAAUACGUCGGUGCAUUUGCAAUGGAUGUGAUCAGUGCCUGCGCUUACGGUAUAAAUGUUGAGUCAAUAGACAAUCCCAAUCAUCCAAUAGUAACGAAUGCAAUGAAAAUUCUGAACACCGACGCCGGGGUCGGCAUAAUGUUGUUAAUAAUAAUUAUAAUUGUAUAUACUAAAUUUUAG